AUGGCUGAACUCUCGCGCACUCUUCCAGCAUCUUGGUACUGCAGUGAGCCUCUCUAUAAGAUGGAGCGGCGGGCUGUCUUCCUCAAGUCAUGGUACCUACUUGGGCCUGUGACUAGGUUCCAAACAGUGGGAGAGCAUGUCGACUAUGAGAUUGCACAGCAGUCUAUUUAUGCUAUGCGGACCGGAGGAGAGUCUCUAAAUCCGGGUCCAGAGGAUCUGAAGGUGUUCUGCACAAACACAGAUAAGGAGCUUCGUUGCUACGUCACUCCGACGGGACUACUCUUUUCCACCAUAUCUGAAAAAGCACCCAGCUUCCAUGAGUUCUUCCCCGAGCUGGAGGAGCUCCUGGGAAAGGUUGACUUCACUCGAUUGCCAUACCGUCGGAGCAUCAGCUAUGAGGGUCGGUUCAACUGGAAAACUAUGGUCGAUGGAUACCAGGAGUGUUUGCACUGCCAGUAUACCCAUCCUUCGUUUUCCGUCAUCUAUCCGCCCACAUUCUACGCUGUGCACAAUAAGCACAACUUUUCCCAGCAUAUCGCAGAUCCCAAAAAGCCAGAUGACGGGCUCUUCCUCUACUUCUUUCCCAACUGUACGCUGAAUGUGUAUGGGGGUGGGAUGUCCUCAUUCCGUGUUUGUCCUACUGCGGACCCUCAUGUUACGCGCAUGGAAUUCGAUUACUACCAUCUAGCCUCUGGGGAGACAUUCGAGGAAUAUUUCAAGUUUGUCCGCCAAGUGGCCCUAGAGGAUUAUGAGCUCUGUGAAAAGGCCCAGGAUAAUUUAGCCAAAGGUGUCUACCACGAAGGUAUUCUAAAUCCAAACCAGGAAAAUGGAGUCUCUUACUAUCAAAAGCGGGUCUUCGACAUGGUCUUUGAGCAACAUGAAGCUGACAGAAAGAUACCAACUGAGGGGUCCGAAUUAGAUGGACGGACAGGACCAUCUACAGUUGAAACAGCAGCGUAA